AUGGCAGAAGAAGGACCGACCCCAGGAGACACUGUCGAUGCAUGGCAGUUUUCCAAAAAGAACCCGCCGUCGUCAGAAAGUGCCGGUGGAGACGAGGGGCUGGACCCAGAGACCUCCACAGACUCCAGCUCAGAGCAAAGUCCCAAAGUGAAAGUCCAGAGCGAGCAGGAUCCGUACAAAUACCGCACAGACUUCUCCAGCGUUGGAAUCUGUCUGCUCAUCAACAACAAGAACUUCCACCGCAGCACAGGAAUGAGCGCUCGAAACGGCACAGACAAGGACGCAGCUGCUGUGAUGAAGACCUUUGUGAACCUGGGAUAUAAAAUGAUUGUAUCGACCGACCUCAGUGUGAAAGAGAUGAAGGAGAAGCUGCACAGCGUGUCUCAGGAGGACCACAGCAAACACGCCUCUUUCGUGUGUGUGAUUCUGAGUCACGGGGAAGAGGGCGUGAUCUUUGGGACGGACGGGUUUGAAAAGCUCGACGUCCUCACCCGAUUUUUUAAAGGAGACAAAUGCAAGUCCCUCGUUGGAAAACCCAAACUCUUCUUUAUACAGGCGUGUCGCGGGUCUGAGUUUGACGCUGGGAUCGAGGCCGAUGCAGUAGACUCUUCAGACUCGUCCACAGACCGGAUCCCCGUGGAGGCAGACUUCCUGUACGCCUACUCCACCGCUCCAGUCCAGGUCCAAGGAGUCAAGGUCUGCUCAGUGGGGUCGUUUCUAACGGGACGUGGCAAAGACAUCCGAAACACGUUCUAUAAAGGUUUAUACAGGGACUUCAAAGACAUGGCUCGCAGGAGUCCUCGACUGGUCGACUCGGGGUAUUACGAUAUGGAUGGAAACCCCCGCAUCUCAUACUCAGACACCAGUCGCAGAAGUUCCAACAGCUUCACAAAUAUGCGGCGCCACAGCUACCAGCUGGAGGCGAGGAAGGCCGCGAAUGUCAUCCAUGUGUCUGCGCCUGCAGUUCAGCCCAGGUCCCGGUUCAGCUUGGCCUGGUUCAUAAUCCAGCUUCUCCUUCUUGGCCUUGCUGUGUCCUGGCUGACAAUGAAGUUUGCUGUUAAUGGUGACGUGCAGCAGCUGCAGAAGGAGGUAAAACAUUUGCAGCAUCUGGAGGAAGAGGUCGAUCAUUUGCGUCAGCAGCUUGAGCAUCACAAGGCGAUGGUGAAAGCUCCUUUAGCCAACUUUGCACUGGAAACUCAUGGGGCUCGGGUGACUGCUGUGACUUCCAAGACACUCAAGCAGAAAAAUCGUCCGCUUUGGCUCAAAUUUCUCGGUCCAUACACCGUGAUCAAAGGUCAUAAUUAUCCUUUGAUUCCUGGACAGUGCUGGGCGUUCUCAGGUCAGACUGGGAGGCUUUCCAUAGCUCUACCACUGGAGAUCCACAUCACCAAAGUAACUGUAGGACACAUUUUGAAGGGGCAGUCUCUUACAGGAACAAUUGACUCCGCUCCAAAGUCUUUCUCUGUGUAUGGACUGAAGGACUUUGGACCAACAGAGGUAAGACUUGGAACAUUUGUCUACGACGCAGACGGGGACUCGUUCCAAACAUUUGAGAUCCUGGAGCAACACAAGGAGGUUACCGCCAAUGACUCAGGCCACACCUAUUGA